CUCCUGAGGUUGUCAAAUUGCACCAGAAGCCAUAGUUACCAAGGCUUCUGCUUGUUGAUUAGAAUGCAGCAGCAGGAUUGGCCGAAAGCAAGCCGAUUUGCACUUGCUUCUAACACGGAAACUUCGGCUGGUACAUGUUCGCAGCGAACGUCUCGAGGGACUUGGGCUGCAGCUGUGCUUGCCUUCACUCUUGGCCUUGUGGCGGUCGGCUGUGCGCUGCUGCUUUCGUCCUCUUGGUCGAACCCUGUUUCAACCAUUAGCAAUGGGGCGGGAGGCACGCAAGGCAUGAACCCGAGGUUCCUCCGAUCCGGCAAAGCGACUGGAAACAAGCACGAGGGAAGAGUGCGAGUGAAGUCGAUCAUUCACGAUGCUGUUCAGGCAGCCGUGAAAGGAGCGGAGAAAGAGGUGAAGACUGAGAUCAAGAGCGACGUGAAAGACGCUGUGAAGGAGGCCAUUGAGGAGGCUGUGGCUGGAAGUCAAGUCCUCUCUCAGAGCAAGGACGAGAACGCUUUCGUUCACGCCUUAGUCAAGGAUUCAGCUCGAGAAGCUGCGCGGGCUGGAGCCGAAGAAGUUCGCCAGUACGGCAAGGAGAUUGGUCAUAUCACGAAGGAGCUGGACAGCCAGCUCGGGGGGCUGUUGGAGGAUCAGGGCUUGAAGAAGGGAUCCAAGGAAAAGUCGAUGAGGGGGUCGAGCUGGUUCGACCUUGCUACCAACGUGCUCAAGUCUCAGAAGCAGAGUGACCCCAACGUCUCUCAGCGAAUGUCUCGUGCUGAAGCCGAGAGAAAGCAGCAAGCGCACAAGAUGUUCGUGAAGGAGGAGAAAUCCAUCCAAGAUGAAAGCAAGAGCAUGAAUGUGAAUCGGGGUAGCAUCCCUAUUGGCAGCAGGAAGAACCCCCUCUAUGUGCAGGCUGAGCAUGACCGUGAUGCUGAAGCUGAGAAAGACCUCAAGUAUCUGGAGCAUCAGCAGAAGGCAAAGGAAGCUUUGAAGCAUGUUAAGGCUCGGCUAAAUCAUGAGAGCCGCACUGAAAUGGCUGAGAAGUACCUCAAGAUCAUGGACAAGAAGGUGUUGCCUACCCCUCAUCGCCGCGUUAGUGUGGACCGGAACGCCCUUGCACAGAAGUACCUGAAGCAGCUGGAAGAUCAGCAGGGGUCGGGAGACCACGUCCGUUCUGCCAUCCAAAACAAGAAACCCUUGUCUCGAGAGCAGCAGGCCAAGCUGGACAUGGAGUUUCUCAAACGGGGAGAUGCGCUCGUGGAGCACGGCGACGUCUUGAAGCCAGUGAAGCUGAGCCCCACCAUAGUGCAUGGAGACAACAAGCUUGAGAAGGCGGCCAAGCUGAUGAAAGAGGAGAAAGAGGAGCAAAAGCUAUCGAACCACGAUAGGAAUGAACUGGCGCAGUCAUUUCUCAAGCAACUGAAGGGCGGCAAGUAUGUUGGGAAGCCUUUCCACGCCCUUAAGGUACCCUCCCUCGUCGCUUCUUCCAAGAGCCCCGACAUGGAUGCCAAGGCUCAGAAGUACCUCAAGCAGCUGCAAGCCGCGAAUCCGCACGUGCAGGCAACGAAGAAGGCCACGGACAGAAACGCGAUCGCAGAGCACGAUCUACAUCAGUUGGAGACUUCAUCUCACCAGUGAAGUGAGGGAGGGGAAGGCACACAAGUUAACGUCUGGUGCAGAGCCAGCUGUUUUAAUGAAAGACAGGACGAG